GAGAACAAAGUCAAACAUUGGGACCAACUGGUGGUCAAAAAAGAAAAAAGUCUAAUGAUGAGGUAUCUGGUAAUGAAGAAACUAAUGAUGGAACACCUCAAGCCACGGCAUCAGCAUCACUAGUGGAAGAUAUUGCACAAUCACAAAGAAUGGAUGAUGUGAUUAAAAAGGUUGUACAAGUAAUGCAAGGCAAAUCUUUAAGGGAUAACUCAUUACGGAUAUGGGACUAUGGAGGUCAACUAAUCUACCACAGCAUUCACAGGUUUUACAUGACACCUGAAGGUAUCUUCCUGAUUGUUUUUAACAUUGCUGAUGACCUUGAUGCCUACGCCAUGGUUAUCGAUUCAUCUGGAAAAGUGCACAAACACUACAUGACAAAUCUUGAGUAUUUGCUAUAUUGGAUCCGAUCAGCUUACACAUACGCAAAGGAUGAUGGUCGUUAUAUUGAUAAUGAGAUAGACUUCUCAGUAUGCAUCAUUGUUGCUACCCAUCGCAAUUCGCUGAUUGGAAGUGAAGAGGAGAUAUGUACACAGAUCGAGGAGAAGUUUGCCAAAAUUCGCAAAGCAAUUGAAAACCAGGUGUACAAGUCCCAUGUCUAUCCGAAAUAUUUUGCUGUUGAGAACAAACUCUCAUCUUCAGAUGGAAAUAUCAUUGAACUCAAGAAAGUUAUUCUUGAAAUGAAAGAGAAGUUCAAUCGACCUAUCCCUCACAAGUGGCUAGAUUUGUUGAUUGCGAUCCAGGAAUUAAGUGAAGGAAGGGUGACUCUUCUUCUGGAGCAGUCUACUGAUUUCAAAAAAACAAAUUUCAUUGGCCGAAUUGAUGUCAGAGUUGCACUGCACUCUGAACUGUAUAGUGCUCCAUGGUCUACUGGUUUUGUAACAACAACAGUCUAG